CGCGCCGGGACCGCCUCUGAUCUGGACCGCCUCUGAUCUGGGCCAGGGCCGCCUCUGGGCCGGGACUGGCUCGUUGGAGCCCCGGAGCGUCCUCAGAGCGGCCCCAGUGAGCAUGGAGCCCCAGGAGCUGUCCCCAGCGCUGCUGCAGCCACAGGUCACCGCGGUGGCCGUCCUGGAUGAGCUGCUGGCCACCAUGGCCAGUCUGGACAAGGACUUGGUGCUGCUGCCCGUGUCCCCGUGGGGCCUGCACUGGGACCUGGAGAGGUUCACCAAGGAUUUCUGGGCCAGCCUGGAGUGCAUCAGUGGCACCUGGUGGCAGCACCGUGGCACCUGCGAGGAUGACGAUGGUUGCCACGAUGACCCUCCCACCUCCCUGAGCCAGGCCCUGGCCGCCUACGCAGGUACGCCGUGGACCAAGUGGGACGAUGUGAUAAUGGUGGCCAUCGAGUGGCACGCCUCGGUGGCCGUGCUCGAGGACACCUGGGCCUGGCUGGCCAGGAGGGCCACCAAGCUCCGCGAUGCCUGCAGGGAGGUGGCCACUGCAGCAGCCAACAUGGUGGCCACCACCAGCGCCUGGGCCAGGGAGCUGCAGGACAAGGUUGCCGGCUGUGGGACAGCUCGGGACAUCCUGGUGGCUGCGGCCUCGCAGCUGGGUGUGGCCCUGGACAGGGAGGAGGUGGCUGAGAUGGUGGCUGGGCACAAAGCCCAGCUGAGGGGAGAUUCCAGGGUGGCCACCAGCCAGGCAACGAGGGCCACCAUGGUGAGACAGAAGGUGGAGGCGGCCCUUGGGCUGCUGGAGCGCUUGGUGGCCGCGUGUGACGAAGCCACCGCCUCCCCCCGUGAGCUGCGGCGCAGGGUUGGGGACAUCAAGGCCACCCUGGAGGGGACAAAGGAGGCAACCCCCGAUGUCCCUGAGGACUUGGUGGCCAAGGUGACCGUGGCCGAGCGGCUGUGGGAGGCCAACGCCCGCCUGGCCAAGGACCACCUGGUGGGGACACUUGUCUACAUCAUCGACUUCUUCUUCGAUGGUAACCCCGACAGCGCUAGUGGCUGCGGGGUGGCCGAGCGGUGCCAAAGAGCCAUUGAGGCCAUCCCGAGGCUCGUCGGGCCCCCGGAGCGUCCCCGGAGCGUCCCUGGAGCGUCCCCGGAGCGUCCCCGGAGCGUCCCCAGAGUGUCCCCAGCCAGCGUGGAGCCCCAAAAGAUGCAGGAGGUGAUGUUUGACAUUCUGGCCACCCUGGACAAGGUGGUGGCCAUUCUGACCGGGCCAGGUCAGCAGGGUGCGCAGCAGCGCGUGUACCCAAAGUUCCUGUGCUCAGACAUGAGGAGCGUCAUCUGGCACCUCCGUAAGACCCUGGAGCGUGGCAGUGUCACCUCCCUGGGCCAGGCCCUGGCCACCCUUGAGGCCAACCCGGGGGCCACCUGGGCCAGUGUGAGAGCCGUGGCCAAGGCCUGGCGAGAGUCGGCAGCCACACUCCGGAGGAGCUGGGAACGGCUGGCCGAGGAGGCUGCCAAGAUCCGCGACGCCUGUGAGGACACGGCCACUGCCCUGGGCUGGGACGUGCGGGAUGAGGGCGCCUGCAUCGUGAUAGCUUGCAGCAACGGGAUGGCCACGGGCCACCAGCAGCUGCUGCUGACCCUGGACAGGGCGGAGGUGGUCUCGGUGUCCACAAGUGAUGAGGAGGCCAACAAUGCCAUGGUAGAAGCCGUGGUGGCCACCAGCCAAGCAAGGGCAGCCACCAGGAGCGAACAGGUAGAGGUGGUCCUGGGGCUGCUGGAGCGCUUGGUGGAGAUGUGUGACAAAGGCACCGUGUUCACCUGGGACAUGCAGCGCCGGCUCAGGGCCAUGGAGGCCACCCUGGAGGAGAUAAAGAAGGUGUCCCCCGAUGUCCCCAAGGCCUUGGCGGCCAGAGCGGUGGAGGCCAAGCGGAUGUGGGAGGCCAGCACCAAGCUGUUCAUGUGUCAGCUGCAGGGAGUGCUUGGGGACAUCAAUGACUUCCUCUUCAGUCCCUAUAGUGGGUGCGGUGGCCCCGGUGGCCAAGCAAUAGCAGAAAGCCAUUGAGGACGUCCUGAGGCUGCUGCGGGGACAGUGAUGUCACUGCUGUGAUGUCAUCAGGGCAGUGACAUCACUGGGGAGACUUGUGGAUACUCGAGUGCCUCCAGCUCCUUGUGUCACCCAGAGCUUCCCAAAUGCCACCAGCUCCGAGUGUCACCAAGAGUCCCCCGAGUACCACCAGCUCCGAAUGUCACCGGGACCUUGUGCAGGAGAAACUGGGGGGGGUCCUUCUGCCACCAAGAGCCCUCUGAGUGUCACCAGGACUGGCCCAGCACCCGUGUGCAGGUCCCUGGUGUCACCGGGGUCUCUCCCUGUGUCACACACCGCCCUCAGGCACCCACCAGGACCCCCCCAAGCACCGGGACCCCCCCCGUGCAUUGACCCCCCACCCCCCCUGUCACCGAGCACCAGGACAGGGACCAGACCCCCCCUUGAACCCUAGGAUCCCCCCAGGCAGUGCCACCCCUGAGCACUGGGACAGGGACUGGGCUCCCCCUCCUGCACCGACCCCACCGAGCACCGGGCCCAGACCCCCCUUUGUGCCUCUGCCCCCCCACACCUAUCACGGACCUCCCCUUUGACGCCCCAGAGCUGCGGGACCCCCGGGAACAGGAUUGGGGGAGGCCUGGGGGUGGGACCAGGGGGGCCCCAAGCACUUGAGGGGUCCCUUGGGGCUCGGUCCUGCCCCCCCGUUAUGAGCCAGGACCCCCUGUGAGAAACAUAGGUCACAAAUUGAAAUUUUUAUAAAAGUUUGUUAGGGGAUAAAAUCCUGGCGCUAAUUACCAAAAGCUCAUCAUUAAUUAAACCGUGUUCUUUACAUCUUGACAUCACAGGGGUUCAUGCAUAUUCAUGAGGAUUCAUGCAUAUUCAUAAUAUUGAUAUAGAUAGUAAUAUUAUAUAGAGAGAGUAAUUAAAUGGAAAUGUAUAUUUUAUUAAAAUAUUUUCGCAUUAAUAUAUAAAUAUUUUGCAUUAUAUAAAUUUUUUGCAUCAAUAUA